ACCUCGCCGCACACCAGCCACACUGGCGACAAUCGACAUGUUCGACCCCCUCAGCUCGACAUUCGGCGAGGAGGCGCAGCCCCCAUGGCCCACGACGCCACGCACGCCAAACACACCAAUACCCAAUCUCCCGCGGCCGUCUUCGCGCCCCUCGUCACGCCCACAAACCCCGGACGAAAGGAACGCUGGCUGGAAUGCAACGACCGGCUCGAACGGUGUCAAGUAUGAGAAGGCGGAGCCUUACCUCAAGGUGCGAAUCACCGGACUGGACAGGAACAGAAGAGACAUUCUUGUGAAGUUCGACGCUCAGACUAACCUGUCCAACUUCUCGGGCACAACCUACCGCAACGCCUCGCGAUCAUACCUUGAAUUCCAGCAGUUUUACGAUGCCAUCAUCCACAACAACCCGCAAACGAUCAUCCCCGCGCUCCCCCUCGCACAAACGUCCGCCCCAACAGACGAGGAAGAUGACAGGCUCGUGAGGAUCAUGCUCCAGCGGUGGUUGACCCGCAUCUGCGAGGACCCUAUCCUCAUGCAGGAGGAAGAGCUGCGGUCAUUUAUUGAGAGCGACUUUGGGUACCAGCCGACACCUGUGACACGCAAGAAGGCCUCCUCUGGCUUCAGCUUGAUUCGGCGCAACGUGCCGGACGAAGACGAGGAGCUGCAACGGGCACGCUUUGAGCUCACCAAGCUGGAGACCCAGUUCUUCGAGGCGGCCAAGGCCAUCGACAAGCUUUCGAAGGUGCAAAAGUCGCUCGGGGCUGUGAGAUCAGAUGUCGGCAACAAACUCGUGAACGUCGCCACGACAGAGGCUCACCCGCCUCUGGGCAAUGCGCUGCGCAAGCUUGGGCGAACAUACCACAGCUUGUCAGACCUCGACCAGGCGCAGGGCAUCAGCGAGUGUGUUAUCAUAGGAGACACACUUGGCUACCAAGGGUUGAACGCGCGCUCCGCCAAAGAAAUCCUGCAGCAGCGAACAUCGGUGCUGGAGGAAUACCAGGCGGCCGUGAAGACCACGAUCUCGAAACGUCGAAAUAUCGAACGUUUGAAAGCCAGUCGUAAUAUUGGCGCAGAGAGGGUGGACGAGGCUUUGGAGGAUCUUGAGGAGGCGGAGAGAUACGAACAAAUUCUUGCUCGUCGCGCAGAGGGCAUCUCACAAAACCUCCAUCGUGCAUUGGCCAGGCAUAAGCGUCUGGUGGCAGAGGACGUCACAACAGCCCUCAUUGAGCACGUCCGGUCUUCAAUCAUGUACGAGCGGCAACAUCUCCGCGAGCUCGAGGCCCUGCGGCCUGACGUCCAGAACGCAGACAAGAAGCAUGUACUCCAGAAACCCGUCACGACGCCGCGACCAAGCCAUGUCCCGCCAUUGGAAGACUUUUCCAGACCUGUUCCACCACCAUUGAAUACUGCUCCUGUUUCCAACGAGGGUCGUACAUCUUCCACUACUCCCUCUGUCUCAGGACCCCUAUCGGCGCGUUCUGCAUCGCCCUUGCAGAGGUAUACCCCCACACUUCCUUCUGUUGCUGCCAACAGUCCUCUGCAAUCACCCGGCGCUGGUCCAUCGUCCCCGGUUUCGCAGUCAGCUAAACCUUCAUCAUUCACCUCUCCCGUCAGCGAUGGACCACCCCUCGGCGGCCGCCUUGUAGACGGCACGAAAUCCAUGUUUGUGAAGCCUACACCGUCACCGCUGGGCCCGCUCGCCGAUCCCAGCUCACCGAACCGCCCGCCUUCUGUGAGAGCGCAGUCACCAUUGCACUCUGCCCGCACGAGCUCGCCCCAUCCCCUCGCACAGUCCGCCUCGUUCGAGUCGCCGUUGCACUCGUCGGCGUCUGUGGCUAACGGACGGCCAGACGACCUGGACCCGCUGGGCAUGGUCAAGCCGUCGUACAUGAGCGCGUCUGUGAGAGUGCAGCCUACGAGGCCCAGGCUUGAUGCCAGGGAGGCGGCUAGCAAGCUCGCGAAUAUGUUUUAGGAUACCAUGGUUGUGUUGUAUCCUUAUAUAUGCCACCACGGGCCGCUCUUGUUAAUGCAUAUACCUUC